AUGAAAACUGUCAACUGUCACAUUUUACCACGAUAAAUUUCGUUCGUGGCUGGAUCACUGCACAAAAAUAGUAUUAUCCAACUAACACUGUUCUUUUCCUAUUUAUUAGGGUUGUGGAUGCGGCUUAUGCCGCAUUUAUAACACUUAGCCCGUAUCUGGUACUUGUGAUUAAUUAAUUAGGUAGUGGACGUACAAUAACCUAACCAUGCCUCCGAAGAAAGCGCCCGCUGCGAGCAAAAAGACGGAGCAGAAGAAGAAGGAGAAAGUGAUUGAGGACAAAACAUUUGGUAUCAAGAACAAGAAAGGAGCAAAACAGCAGAAAUUCAUCCAACAGGUUGAGAAACAAGUGAAGAGUGGUGGUAUCCACCCCGCGGGGCCCAUGCAAGACAAGAAGAAGGACAAGGAACAGAAACUGAAGGAAGCGAAAGAGCUGGCCGCACUCUUCAAACCCGUGCAGACACAGAAAGUGGAGAAAGGAACGGACCCCAAGUCAGUGGUGUGCGCAUUCUUCAAGCAGGGCCAGUGCACCAAGGGCGACCGCUGCAAGUUCUCCCAUGACCUCACCAUUGAGAGGAAGGCGGAGAAACGGUCCCUGUACGUGGACAUGCGCGACGACGACACCAUGGACAACUGGGACGAGGAAAAGCUGAAAGAAGUCGUCGAGAAGAAGCACGGGGACGACAAGCAGCGGCCCACCACCGAUAUCAUCUGCAAGCACUUCCUGGAGGCGGUGGAGCGCGCCAAGUACGGCUGGUUCUGGGAGUGCCCGGCCGGCGCGCGCUGCAUCUACCGCCACGCGCUGCCGCCCGGCUUCGUGCUCAAGCGGGACAAGAAGAAACUCGACGACAAGAAGAACGAGAUCUCGCUCGUCGACCUCAUCGAGCGCGAGCGCGCCGCGUUGGGACCCAACCAGACCAAGAUUACCUUGGAAACGUUCUUGGCCUGGAAAAAGAAGAAGAUUAAGGAGAAACAGGACAACAUCGCGGCGGCGGAGGAGCAGAAGCGCUCGGACUUCAAGGCCGGGCGCGCGUGCGGGCUGUCGGGCCGCGAGAUGUUCUCGUUCGACCCGGCGCUGGCCGCCGACGCCGACGCCGACGACGCCGACGGCGACGCCGUGCUCGGCGCCUACGACGACGACGCCGACGACGACGCCACCCUCUACAGGGAGAUCACCUUCGACGGCAUCGGCAUGGAAGCCUCCGAGGUGGACGACACAGGCACUAAGGCGACGUCCGACCGCCUCCAGCAGCUGUCCGCGGGGCUCAGCAACGGCGACGCACAGGCGGCGGCGGAGGCGGAGGCGGCGGCGGAGGCGGCAGCGGAGGCGGAGGCGGAGGCGGGGCCCAUCAACGAGAACCUGUUCCUCGACGACGAGCUGGACGAGGAGCUGCAGGGGCUGGACCUGGACGACUGAGGACCUAGGGUUAUCUAAUUCGUUACUCAACACGCUUAUAAACAUAUUGGAAGUUGCAUGUAGAUUACAAGUUUAAGGCCAGACUAUACGACCUUGUGCUACACUUAUUUGAAGGCUAUUCUUAAUUGAAUUGACCGAGCAGGGAAGCCCGAGCGAAGCGUCUACGUUUUAGCUUGACGAAAAAUGCUUUCGUAAAUGUGUACGUCCAACUGGCCUCCUCAUGUGGGCGCGUGCGAUAAUUAUAAAGAUGUUUUUGUCUAUUUAAUGUUGUAAUUGAAUGUUUCGUCCCACGCGCGACCUCCAAUAUUUUUAUAAGCUUCUUGGUUUCAGAAACUACUUACACCAUUUAAUAGACGGCAGCCUAAUUGUCAGACGACUAACUAACAAGUUUAGAAAAUACUUUCAUUUGCCGGGUGAAACUAAACCUUACGAACAUUAUAAUAAGGUUUUAAAAUGGGAAACCUGCUUUAUAAAUGUACGUAAAUAUUUUUUCAACAUAACCGUCUCUUACACAGUGCCGGAUUAACCAUUAAGCAAAAUAAGCACUUGCUUAGGGCACCACGUCUAGGGGGGCACCAAAAUCGUAGGAAAAAAACGCGCAGGCUGCAUCGCAGUCGUAGUACUUAUGUACCCAUCUAAUAACGAAGGGUCGUAAUAGAGUGAGGACACGUAAGCACAUCUCCAACCCUUCACGGAGGCCCUCAAAGCUCAUAGCCAAAAUAUCUUACCGUCGGGCUUGUGGCCAACCGAUUUUCUCGACGUAGAUUACCGAUUUUGUAGCGAAUUUUGCUCUCUUGCACGCCAGAUGUGUCGGCCUGGCCGAGUUGCUGCAGAACCACGAUCCUGCGACCUAAUUGUCAAACUGUUAUAAAGGGCCCCGCGAAGGCACAAAACCAAAAGCAACUUAUUAAGUUUCGGUUUCCACUUAAGCCAAAGGCCGAGCAGUAGGAGAACCGUGAUUACAUAGGUUCGAUUUCAAGCCACUCUUUUGCAGUUCGGCGUUAGGUCUUAUGCGACGCUAGGCCUUCUACUUUGUGCAAACUGCCUUACUUUCACUUAACAUGGAUCCAAAUCUAAGCUGUCCUCUCUCGAAGCUGGGCCUUCUGCCUUGCUCACACCUCGCCAUCAGUUGUAAUGUAUGAUAACCCACCGCGAUCGGACGCUCCGGACGUUCAGCCAUUCAUACCUCGCCAGUGGUCAAAUUCAAAUGCUUUCUUCCAGCUCGACCUUUGGCCUCAUCCAUGCCUCAUCCGUAAGCGCCAAUCGAACGCUCCGCGCGUUCAGCCUUAUGAAAAGCUCAACCUUAGACUUUGCGUUUAAAAACACUGAUUUAAACUUUCACGAUUUAGGCCAAUCAAAUUAGAUCCAAAAAAAAGCGUUUUGAGGAAUUAAUUCCCAGCAAGCUGAAAAAUGUUUUAAUACUUUCAUUUCAUUCUAAAUGCGUAUAAUCCAAGUUUGCAAGAUAUUUUUUUCCUUUCGAAACCACUUGAUUUUGAAGGACAUAGGACAGUUCGUGGAUUAGACACUGGUAAGAAGGCGUUUUUGGAUUUUUAACAUGAUUUUACCAAAAAUAAAAAAUAGGUCGACAUUUUUUAUUUUAUACAACUUAGACUAGGAAUACAUAUUAGGGUACCUUCAAUAAAUCAAUAUGUUUUAUUGCAAGAACAUAGUUAAAUUACAUUUCGGAUCCUCAGAUAUCAGUUUUAAUCAUAAUUAGAACAAAUUUUCCGCCAGACGUACCGUUUUCGAUUUUCAAGCAAAAAAAACUGAAAAAGAGGAAACAUUUAUGCACACCUCCUGGAAUGGAGCAAACUCGGAUUACACGCAUUUUUAGGACCAAAUUCGAAAAAAUCUAAUUUUAUUAGCAUAAUUGUGACACAUUAUUAUUUAAGAAAACGGGACUUAAUCGCCUUUGAUUAAGUUCUAAAAUUACCUCCAACGUCAAGAUAAUGAUGUCGACUUUACCCAGUCUUCUCCGAGACCAUGGGGACAACGCUUUCGUUUUCGUAAACAAUAAUUUGCUAUUUAAGACACUUGCGGCCAUUGGUUCUUGUCCUGACAAGAACCAAUGGCCAAUGGCUAAGCUCCUACUGAAGCUCUGCCUUUGCCCUCACAUGAAUGAGCUUCGCAGGAAAGCUCUAGAUGUUGUAAAACCCUGUGCGGAGUACGGCCUAUGCCUUUUAUGUCUUCUCACACUUGGACAUUGGUUGGCUCGCCUCCGGCCUUAUGCGAAGCACGAUCUUCAAUUUGCUAACACUUGACCUUACAUACUGUUGGAAUAUUACUGCUGCAGUACUGUCAAUUUCCGUGAUAAAAUGAUGUGUUUUCUGUGUGAAUUGAAAAUUCUAUUCUCAGCAGUAAUGCGGCAAUAAAUGUCACUCAAUUUACCAAGAAAAUUCAAUGUAAUCUUGAUGAGGGGGCACCAUGGUCUAGAAAUGCUUAGGGCAUCAAAAUGUCUUAAUCCGGCACUGCAGUCUUACAAAUGUCUUAUGCAAAUUAGUGAUGCGAUUAGGUUGCAGUUUGUGUAACCAUGUUUACUACAUGAAUCAAAUCCGAUAAUUAUGAAUUAUCUUACAAAUAUUUUUGUACUCACAUAAUUCCACAAUAGAAAUCCAUUAUUAAGUAAACUUAUUUAGUUGAAUGCAACAUAGGAUACUCUCAGUAUUUCCUUUGGUGUGUAGAAAACAGACAAACAAUCAUAUUUCUCAUAAUACGUAUAUUUCUUAAUUUGUAAAGAAUUGGCGCGUUUCAGUGACUGUACAUAAUAUAAACGAUAAGACGUGAUAUAAAUAAAACUUAUCUUUAAAUAU